AUGGAGACAGAGAGCUGCAGGGUGAGGACGUUCCCAAAGGACUCCGCGGGGCUCCUGGGCAGAGACACGGUGCGCGCUCUCAUGUACUACGCCCUGAAGGUGUGGAGUGACAUCGCUCCUCUAAACUUCCAUGAGGUGGCAGGCAGCGACGCCGACAUCCAGAUCGACUUCACCAAAGCCGACCACGAUGACGGAUACCCCUUCGACGGACCAGGAGGCACGGUGGCCCACGCCUUCUUCCCCGGAGAGAGGUUUACAGCCGGAGACACGCACUUUGAUGACGACGAGGCCUGGACCUUCAGAUCACCAGGUAUGGGGACACUAUGUGUGUUUUUGUGCUGUGCAAAUGUCAGGUAA